AGUAUGAAGUUGUCAGUCCAGAUAAAGACCGCCGACUUUUCAUUCUUACCUUUGCCCUAUGCGGAGGAGUCGCCGGCAUUCUACUAGCCGUUGCUGCAGCUUACCUAUACCGACGACAUGCUCACUCCAGAGAAAAACUGCACAAUAUUACCCAGCCUGAUACUGAAGCAAGUCAAGAUUACCAGGACCUUUGCAGACAGCGAAUGGCGAGUAAAGCGAACGAGAAACCUGAACCGGUUCAUGUUGUCAAUUCGCCUAAAAGGAUUCGAAGCUUGUCUCAGGAGGGCCAAGCCAGUUCUUCAAGCCAUUCUUCAACAUCUUCUUGGAAUGAAGAACCUGUUACCUCAAAUAUGGACAUAUCAACUGGACAUAUGAUUCUGUCCUAUAUGGAAGACCACCUAAAGAACAAAGAUCGCUUGAACCGAGAAUGGGAAGCUCUUUGUGCAUACGAAGCUGAACUAUGUUCUACCGCGGCAGCAACACUGCCAGUUAACAUCAAGAAGAACCGAUAUACCGAUGUUUUACCCUAUGACCAUUCCCGAGUAAUAUUAAAUGAACUAUCAAACGUAUCAGGCUCUGACUACAUCAACGCCAGUAGUAUUACCGACCAUGACCCACGUAACCCGGCCUAUAUUGCUACCCAAGGUCCUUUACCUCAAACGGCAGCUGAUUUCUGGCAGAUGAUUUGGGAGCAAGGAAGUGUUGUGAUUGUGAUGUUAAGCCGUCUGAUGGAAAACGGCGUAGCUAUGUGCCAUCGUUACUGGCCUGAAGAAGGAAGCGAAGUCUAUCAUAUCUAUGAGGUUCACCUCGUUUCUGAACAUAUCUGGUGUGAUGACUACCUCGUACGCAGUUUUUAUCUUAAGAACUUAAGGACAAGCGAAACGAGAACAGUAACUCAAUUCCAUUUCAUGUCAUGGCCGGACAAUGGCGUUCCCAACUCUACUAAGGCCCUCCUGGAAUUCAGAAGCGAGACACUGGAGUUUAUCCUGCAUUCUUUCUGCUUGUACAUACAGAAGAAUUUAUUCUUUAUGACU